AUGACAGCUGCUCCUCCUACUCAUGCUGGCUCUUGGCGUUCAUUAGAGACCCCAUUGAGUGACUCCAUUUUAUCAACUUUGGAUAAUAUGGGCUUCGACACAAUGACUCCUGUUCAAUCAGGUGCUAUCCCAUUAUUCAUGAAGAACAAGGAUGUGGUGGUAGAAGCAGUGACAGGCUCUGGUAAGACGCUAUCAUUUGUUGUGCCCAUCCUUGAGAAAUUGCUGCGUAGAGAGGAACCCCUUAAAAACUAUGAAAUUGGAGCUGUCAUUAUUACGCCCACCAGAGAACUUGCCCAGCAGAUCCACUCGGUAUUCCAGCUGUUUGUGCAAGAUCACGAAAGAGAGGACGAUAUCAGAUUGGGAUUGUACAUUGGCGGCUCAACCUCCUUGGCAGAAGACAUUUCAUCCUUCAAGAAAGAGCAUCCUCGCAUCUUGAUCGGCACCCCAGGCCGAUUGGAAGAAUUGCUCACUAAGUCUGGACAGUUAGUCAACACAAAGGAAUUGGAAGUGCUUGUUAUGGAUGAAGCAGAUCGAUUGUUGGAUAUGGGUUUCUCCAAGCAAGUCAGCAGCAUCAUUGCUCAACUGCCUAAACAACGUCGUACAGGCCUCUUUUCCGCUACAAUGACAGAUGCCAUUUCAGAACUCAUCCGUGCAGGCCUUCGUAAUCCAGUGCGUAUCGUCGUCAAAGUCGAGGAUCUCGCCAACAAGGGUGCUAUUCAGCGUACACCCGCCACACUCGACAUUGAUUACUUGGUGUGCGAUGCAGAUCAGAAAUUGUUACAAACAGCUCGUAUCCUGGAGACAGAAUUAGCAGAUCAAGAUGGAUCUCGAAAAUUUAUCGUCUACUUUGCUACAUGUGCCAUGGUAGAUUACUUUUACAAAAUCCUGAGUCGCUUACCCAGUCUGAAGCCCUUCUCCUUCCACUCACUGCAUGGACAAAUGGACACCAAGCGCAGAUCAGCAACAUACACAUCCUUUACAGAAUUAUCGUCCGCUAUUCCUGCAGUGUUGCUUUGUACAGAUGUCGCAUCUCGUGGUUUGGAUAUCUCAGAUUUAGAUUAUGUGAUUCAACUGGACCCUCCUCAAGAUCCCAAGGCCUUUUCUCAUCGUUGUGGUCGAGCUGGUCGUGCAGGAAGAAAGGGUCGUGCUACUGUCAUCUUGGUGCGUGGUCGUGAAGAAGUAUACAUUGAUUUCCUCAAGUUGCGAAAGAUUCCUAUUCAACGCAGACCAUACAUCAUGCCUGACUUGACCUUGUUUGAUAACAGCAUUGCUGCUGGGGAGGAUCAAGACGAUGAGAGAGCCACUUCGGUGGAAGUCAAAGACGAAGGUGUCUCCGAUUUCAUUCAACAAAUGCGUGCCAUCGUCAAGACAGACAGAGAUAUCAGUGAUCGCGCUAUCAAGGCCUUUGUAUCCUGGGCCAGAGCUUACUCCAAGCACGAAGCAAGCUACAUUUUCCGCAUCAAGGAUCUAGACCUGAGUCGACUAGCUAUGGGAUUUGGACUCUUGAAAUUACCCAAGAUGCCUGAGCUGAAGGCACAAAAGGACCAAAGCCAGUUUGUGGAAGAAGCCAUGGAUUGGGACACCUUCAAAUACACAGACAAAAUGAGGGAAGCCAAGCGAUUGAGGGAGCUGAAAGAAUACCAAGAGAAACAAGCAGCAUUCAAGCCACAACAACCCAAGAAGAAGACCAACACAGCUUGGUCAGAAAAGACAGACGCUAAAGAACGAAAGCUGGUGCGUAAAGAAAAGAAGCAAGCUAAGAAGGAAUUUUUGAAAAAGCAAGCUCAAGAAGAAGUGGAGCUGAAAAAGAGGCAAUUACAAGAAGAGGAGGAUGAUUGGGAUGACUUUGCUGAAGAAGAGCGAAUGUAUAAAAAGGCUAGAAAGGGCAAAUUAGAUAAAUCAGCCUUUGCUGAAAUGUUUUAA